AGCAGCAGCUAAAGAAGCAGAGGAGCGAUGAAGCUUUUAGUCAAAAUUGUAAUGAUGCCCUGCGGAGAAUAUUUUGGAAGGAAAUGGAAUUUACUUGACAUAGUCACCGCAGCUGUGUUUCUCACUAUGCAUUGCCUUUGUGUGAUGGCGCCGUUUCAUUUCACCUGGCCUGCGUUUUGGGUGGCCGUUGCUCUCUAUGUUGUGACGGGGGUAGGAGUUACUCUGUCUUUCCACAGACAUCUUGCUCACAGGAGCUUUCGUAUUCCGAAAUGGCUCGAGUACUUGUUUGCCUAUUUCGGGGUUCUCUCACUUCAGGGAAGUCCAAUAGAAUGGGUGAGCUCACACCGAUAUCACCAUCAGUUUACUGAUACCGUGAAAGAUGUUCAUAGCCCUCUUCAAGGUUUUUGGUUUAGUCACAUGGGUUGGAUCCUCGAUAGCGGCUCUCGGUUUGGAAAAUAUGGAGGACUGAAGAACGUUGAAGAUUUGAAAAGGCAAGCCUUCUAUAGGUUUCUUCAUCAUACUUUUCUCUUGCAUUCUUUUCUGCUUGGAACUUUACUCUAUGUCGUCGGUGGAUUGCCCUUCUUGACAUGGGGAAUGGGGAUGAGGAUGGUAUGCCUUUUCCACAUUACUAUGUUAGUAAAUUCGGCCGGCCACAUGUGGGGACAACGAGUAUAUCACACUGGUGAUACAUCAAGGAACAACUGGUGGUUGGGAUUGCUUGCACUUGGAGAAGGAUGGCACAAUAAUCACCAUGCUUUUGAUUACUCAGCUCGACAAGGUUUUGAAUGGUGGCAGAUUGAUGUUACUUGGUAUGUAAUAAGAUUUCUUGAAGCAAUUGGAUUGGCAACAGAUGUGAAAACUCCAACUGAGGCACAGAAGGAAAGAAAAUCUUUACACCAUAAAACCAUGGCUACUCAGAAUUAGGCUUCAAAGCAGCUUCCUAUCCGCCAUAGACAGAAAUAGAAGUUUGAUGUGCUUCUUUUUUAUUUUUUAUUUUUUUUUGUUUGGUCAAGGAUGUGCUUCUUAGUAUUCAAAUCGUUUGUGUACCGAGUUUAGAUCUCAAAUUAUGUGGCAGA